AUGCCUCUACGAAGACCAGUCAGAGGUCGUCCUACUGGAUGCAAUGUUGAUGAACAAGAUUUACCCAAUUCACCUGAAGUACAACCGCAAGGAGAAGUGACAAAUGUUGAGUUCCGUGAGGCUAUUAGGAUGCUCACUCAAGUUGUGACUAACCAAGCUGGGCAGCAGAGAGGAGCUCGACAAGAAGAGUUUGAACAAUGGGGAGAUGGUGUUUUGAGAUAUCAAGGUAGAUUGUGUGUACCUAUGGUGGAUGGACUCCAAGAGAGGAUCAUGGAGGAAGCUCAUAGCUCCAGAUAUUCCAUUCAUCCGAGUUACACAAAGAUGUAUCGUGAUUUGAAAGAAGUGUAUUGGUGGAAUAGUAUGAAGAAGAGCAUUGUAGAAUUUGUUGUUAAGUGUCCAAAUUGCCAACAAAUUAAAACUGAUGGGCAAGCAGAGCGCACUAUUCAGACAUUAGAAGAUAUGUUGAGAGCUUGUGUGAUUGAUUUCAAAGGGAAUUGGGAUGAUCACCUACCUCUCAUUGAGUUUGUUUACAACAACAGUUACCACUCUAGCAUCCAAAUGGCUCCUUAUGAAGCUCUUUUUGGGAGAAGAUACAGAUCUCCUAUUGGAUGGUUUGAAGUUGGUGAAGCAGGGUUGAUAGGACCCGAUUUAGUUCACCAAGCUAUGGAGAAGGUGAAAGUGAUUCAAGAAAGGUUGAAAACGGCACAGAGUCAUCAAAAAUCAUACACUGAUGUUAGGAGAAGGGCGUUAGAGUUCGAAGUAGAUGAUUGGGUAUAUUUGAAAGUUUCACCCAUGAAGGCUAUUAUGAGGUUUGGUAAGAAGGGAAAGCUUAGUCCCCGGUAUAAUGGACCUUAUCAAAUAUCCAAAAGGAUUGGCAAUAAAUGCAUGGGCGAUCCUUCAUUGAUCCUACCAACUGAAAAUAUUAGGAUCAAGGAUAGCUUAUCCUAUGAGGAGAUUCCUGUUCAGAUGUUAGAUCGCCAAGUUCGUAGGUUGAGAAUGAAAGAUGUAGCAUCAGUCAAGGUCCUUUGGAGGAACCAAUUUGUUGAAGAAGCUACUUGGGAAGCUGAGGAGGAUAUGAAAAAGAGAUAUCCACAUCUCUUUGAAACCGGAGAAAAUGUUGACCAAGGGAAAGGACAAGCCCGCGUUUCUGGAGCUUGUACUGGUUGUCGACCCCGUGAGGAAGACGACACGAGGGAUCGUACUGGUUACUAUACGAGGGUGUAUGUAGAUGUGUAUGUAUCGAUGGAUCUGGGAAGAAAUGAGCUGCUGUAUGAAUCGAAAUUGCUGGGCUGUUUUUGGGCUGGUUUGGUCUUAAAACCUGGCUGA